GUGCAUCACAUAGGUCUGGAAACGGUUGGGGAAGAUUUCGGGCAACGAAAGGCCUUAGAACACUUCGUUUGCCCGGACGAUUUCCGAUCUAAGACCGUCGGACUUACUCUCAAUUUUUUUUACCCAGACCUGCCGUCUCCUCUAAUGUCGGAUUUCAAGCUGGGAAUUGUUCGACUUGGCCGUGUGGCCGGGAAGACAAAGUACACUUUGAUUGAUGAACAAGACAUACCAUUAGUGGAAAACUAUGCCUUUGAGGCACGUAUGGAAGUUGACGCCGAUGGCAAUGGGGCAAAAAUCUUUGCCUAUGCCUUUGAUAUUGGCAAGGGUCGAUGGGCUGGUCGACCACUGCAUGAGUUACUCUGGGAAAAGCACAGAGGUGGAAUCGCUCCAAGUUUCCAAGUAGUUCACAUAAACUCAGUUACAGUUGACAACCGACUAGACAACUUGCGUCUUGUUCCUGUGGGAUGGAGUCCCAAACCAGAAGAUCUCUCCAGCAAACAUAGAGAGCAGUCACUCUAUUGGCUGGCCAUCCAGCAGGUUCCAGCAGACCCAGUUGAAGAACAGUAUCUGGAAUUAAGUCGAACACGCUACUACAACGCCAACGGAGAGCUGGUGGAAGAGGAAGAGUGCUCCUGCACCUAUUAUGAGUGUCAUUACCCACCUUGCUCACUUAUUGAAAGGAGGCUGAGGGAGUUCAAUAUCUGUGGCCGUUGUCAGGUGGCACGCUACUGUGGCUCACAGUGUCAACAGAGGGAUUGGCCAGCCCACAAGAAGCAAUGCCGUGAGCGCAAGCGGGUUCUUGCGCUCGAGUCUGAACCUGAGCGAUGAUCCCCUUCUCAACCCUAGUUUGAAAAACAGGGGUCAGAGGGGGUGUGGGGUGAGACUAGAGGUGAAGUGCAAAAACGAGGCUAGGGAACAAUUUUGGUUGGUUUGAUGGGCCUGUUGGGACGAAAACGAACAUGCUUCCCAGAACUAUCGCAUCUCCACAACUUGCCUGUGGGGAUUAUGGGAAAAGGAGUUUUUUUUUCUAGUUGUUCAGAGGGAGGUCUUAAAGGCUCCACCUGCUGCUAUGGAUGUGUGUUUAAUGAAGAAAAACACCAUGCCGUUGUGACUUUAUCGCUGUGGACUGCAUUAAAGUAUUGACAGUCAUGCGCUCGCUUGUUCCAUCCACCCUUCUGUCAUGAAGUAUUUGCUGCCGAGGGACAAAACUGCUGUUCAACUGAUGGGAUGGAAUAUGGACCUUUUCACUGUACAACCCUUCCUCUUCCUGUUCUCCCAAUUGGACUUCUUGUGCACAUAACCAAGCACAUAGUCACUCACCUGCCAUACCUUCUUUAAGGAUACAGCUGAUAGCUGUGCAAAGCCACGUCACCAGUAUUGUGUGUGUGCAGUGCAAUUAAUUGACUGAAGGACAAGAAUUAAAUGGUUGAAUGUUCUCUCUCUCUCUCUCUCUCUCUCUCUCUCUCGCUCUCUCGCUCUCUCUCGCUAAGGAAAAUUUGGGCUGGUGGCCGUGUCACUUUUUCUGAGUUUUUGAAUGCAUUACAAUCUUAUUUACUCUUCCCACUCAUGUCAUGUUUAGGUUCACUAAACCAUAACAAGUACUCAGUUUAGAGGGAUGUCCUGGGAAAAACUUGAAAACCCGCGUGGAAAGUUGACUCUGAUUUAUGUUGUCAAAAUUGUCAUGGGUCCCAUUCAUUCAAUGAUUUAGUCAUCUUGUUUGUCAUAAAAUCUGUAUCAAAGUGAGUUUAACUUAUGAAUUUUCACUUCUUUUCUUUUAAGAAAUAAAUCUCUCAUCUUUAUA